AUGGGUGUGUUAUCUGGACCCAUCAGGCGGGUGGCCUGUGCCGUUUCUGGUGGGGUUGACAGCGCCGUAUCAGCAUACUUUUUAAAGCGAAGAGGGUUUGAUGUGGUGGGUGUUUUUAUGACAAACUGGGAUCAACAGGAUGAGUCAAUCAAUUGUUCCACAGAUGUUGAUCGGGAAGAUGCCAGGUUUAUAUGCCGAACGCUUGGCAUCAAAUUUGCUGAAGUAAACUUUGUUAAAGACUAUUGGAACGAUGUAUUUGUGCCCACUGUAGAGUCAUACUCCAAAGGAAAGACCCCAAACCCUGAUAUAUUGUGUAAUCGAUAUGUGAAGUUUCCGAAGCUAGCUGAAAUUACGCUAAAAUCUUCAAAACUGUGUCACCCUUCUAUAUGUGCGGAUGCUUUCGCAACUGGACAUUAUGCUCGGAAUUCAUACGGUAAUUUCCUUGAAAAACGCAGCACAGCUAUCUCACCUCCACAACUUUUGCGGUCGGCAGAUCCUGUGAAGGAUCAAACAUUUUGGCUAUGUAACGUAAGGAUUCUUCUCCUAAGUUCAACCCAACUAGCUUCAAAAAGCCGCUAUAAUAGAACCCGCCCUUGGGUCAGCGUAGCCUUUUAUUUAAUUAUUCUAUUUUCUGUUAAUAAGAUAUCGUGGAAGCACUUGCAGCACUGCAUGUUUCCUAUAGGCGAUUUGACGAAGCCAGAAGUUAAGAAGAUUGCCACCUCAAUCGGUCUAGAACGGAUCGCCAAAAGAAGAGAGAGUAUGGGUAUAUGCUUCAUUGGAAAACGGAACUUUGGUGAUUUCAUCGACAAGUAUGUAGAGCCCAAAAAAGGUCAGCUCGUGGAGCUUGGGACUGGGAAAAUUCUUGGUGAACAUGCAGGUGUGCAUCAUUUUACACUGGGUCAGAGGGUACCCGGUGUGACCUGCGGACAGGAACCCUUCUACGUUGCUAAACUUGUCCCAGAAACCCAAAAUGUGUUUAUAGUCCAAGGAGCACAUCAUCCUUCACUCUUUACGCGCAAAUGCUGGACUGAUCCUGCCUUUUGGAUAGCGGGAGUGGAUCCGCCUCUGCCCUCCGACGAAUAUGAAUUUCAAUGGCAAAAUAAAUGGCGACCAGUAGCUUGUAAGAUACGAAAACCUGAGACUCCGCUGUCAACUCCGCAAACAGGAUUGUCAAUCCAAUUUCAUAAACCCUUGCGCUGUAUUGCCCCUGGCCAAUACGCAGCACUUUAUAAGAAAGACGUGUGUCUGGGUGGAGCCAUGAUAAGGGCAUCUCAAAGUCUAUUUGAGGAAGGUCAAACCGAGCCUUACGUUAAUUGGCGUCUAUCGGAUUUUGAGCUUCAUUACUCGUCUGUAUAG